UGUCAUCUUUAGGCCAUUCUCCGGCACAAAUAAAUCUGUAGGGAAAAUGUCCUGGAAUUUCGCAGGUCUCUUGAAGGGGUUUUACAGGUUAUUUUCCCUCAGCUGGGACCUACGUGACCAGAAACCUCUCACUUGUUUGAAGCCUCAAGCUUCAGUUUGAACUGGUAUUUCGAGCUCUUGCACUUUUCACCUUUCAUGAACGACCCUCUUGCCAAUUAUAACUUGAAGCUUGCGCCUGCCACCUGCUAUCCUUAUGCGACGUCUACAUCUUAAGCGCUCAUUAUGUCGUCGUCCCCGAAAACGUCCGCGACGCCCUCCAGAACCCCCGAUCCUCUGAAUCCGCUACAAGGUUCUACAAUGCCUUCACGCAAUCGGUCACUAGGUCGCGACGUCCAUAUCUACGAUGCUAACGACCGCACUACUGUUCUCGGUGGCUUAAUCCUUACAAAUGGCGUCACGAAUGCCAACUUCUACUCAAUGGUGGAGAUUAUCGUCUUGUUCAUAACUGAUUUCGAACUACAAAACGAAGAGAGCACCAAGAUCCAAAAGACUGACGAUCCGCUUCGGCCGGGGAAUUACUACAUUCAUGCCGCUGGUUCUUUCUCGGUUAACAACGAGUCGUGGCUAGUCCGUACAAUAUCUCAUGCCAGUGGAACUCGUACCCAGUGUUUCCGCGAUGCUGUACGCUCACGAGAUCGUCGGUGCGUUAUAUCUGGGGAGGUGGCAAUCUCGGCGCAAUUCGACCGCUGGGACGGCUUUGAGGCCGCGCACAUAUUUCCAAUAGCCUACGAAGGUCAUUGGAAGGAUCAUGGCUACGACCGCUGGAUUACUAUUCAACCAGACAACGGCGGAGCAAUCAACUCAGUACAAAACGGGUUAUUGCUUGAUUCUUCCGUACACCAACUCUUUGACAAUUACAUCUUCUCUAUUAAUCCAGACGACGAUUAUAAGAUUGUGUUCUUUGACCUUGAUAGAAAAAGUCUUGCCGGCAAGAAUCUCGACCGACAGCUACUUGAUGAUCCUCAACGGCCUAUUGAUCAGCUACUACGAUGGCAUUUCAGGCAGGCUGUUCUAGCAAAUAUGAGAGGCGCUGGCGAGCCUUACUUUGAGCAUGACUUCCCUCCUGGCUCCGACAUAGUUGGCGAUAUACUAAGUGGCUCGAAGGCUGCUGAAAGGAUGGAGUUUGAGUUAUUCAAUCGCCUGGCAGCUCAAGUUCCAGUGCACGGCAUAUCUCAAAGUCAACAGAAGGCUGGGCAAGACUCCGGGUGAGGGCUUGGCGGCGCUAAACCCGAAAUGAGGGAGACUAAACCGGAAGAGGGAAGUUACCAGCUCCUCAGUCUCCCUACUUAACUAAAGAUGCUGGUAGAACGUCCUGAGAAUUCUCAGGUUCCUAGAGGGGGUUUUGCAGGAUAUUUUCUCUCAGCGCUUUCAUCCUUGUGCCAAGACACCC